AUGUUGAGCAGGAUAGGUUUCAGAAGUGUGAACCGCACACUCCCAUUUAGUAGUAGCUCUCUUUUCUCCAGGAAUUUUAGCCGUGUAGGGACGCUAAAGACUGAGGCGAACAAAGAAGGUGUUAAAACGGCCCAAGACAAUCAGUUAGAGAAUAAUCUUACGCAGCAGGAACUAAAAGACCUAUCAAGUGUGUUGGAAGAGCCCAGUUUUAGUAUUUUUCCUUCACUAAAUGACGUUAAACCAAAGGAACUAGUGGGAUUUCAGGCAUUUGGUGUAAAAUCAUAUUUCGUGGACAGAUCUGCAACAGGAAAUCUGCCGGUUUACUCAGAUGUGAAAAGAGGUGGCAAAAUAGUCACUGAAAUCCGUAGAAUUCGUGGUGAUCCUGUUCAAUUGAGAAAUGACCUGCAAGACAAACUAAAGCAUAUUCCCAAAAAUCGGUUCAAGGUCCUGAUGGAAUCAAAAAAAGUGGUGAUUGAUGGCGACGUCGUCAGACAGGUUAAACAGGUUUUGUCGACAGUUUUUUGA